ACGGAGAGCUGACCGUGGUACUGAAAAUAUCCCCAUAGCACCGUCCAAGAAUAGCCAACCAUACGGCUUACACAAACGAUAUUUCUGUACAAACAAAACAGCAACAUUCAAAGCAAGCAUGUAUUGUUGAAGUGGAUUCGUAUACGUAAAUCGCGAGACUAACUUUACUUUAAUAAAAAAGUUUGAAGAGGACACAAUAAGUGCGUCGGACUGCGCUGCCCCUGACAGGAUUCCCGGUUCAACACGUACGUGCGGUCAUGAGCUGGUGCCAACAAACUUUAAAUGUUCACGUCAUUUUCCUGUUCGUGUUAUUUAGUCUCACAGUCAAGCCUGCAACCUUCAGUCCAGUGACAGCAGCCAGCAACACAGUAAGUGAAAACUAUGCAGCACCCUCCUCUGCUCAGCAACAGAGUCAAUAUACUCAACCAUCAGAGAAAAAGGGCUCGCUACAUGAUGAAAACGAAGAAGAUGAGCUUUUCAAAGACGUGGAUCCUAGAACCCUAGCAGCGGUCCUUCUCGAGGCCCUUAACCAACCUCAGAAGGAAAAGAUGAGUGAACGAGAAGAGGAGGGAAUGGAAGUGGAAAAGCAGAAGGAUCUUCAGGGUGCAGACAGAGACAGAGAUAGUCACAAAGAGCUGGAGCUGGUCAUGGCAGCUGCUGCAGCGCAAGGAAAAGACGAGAAAGAAAGAGAGGAGGAAGAGGAGAGAAAAAGGGUUGAGGAAGAGGAACGGCUAACGGAGAAAGUGACAAGCCACACCACUAGUCAGACGGUACCAUUAAAAGAGCAGGUGGCUCCACAGGACGGGGCCACAAAAGAGGAGGUGAUCAAGGAGGAGGAGAGGCAGGAGCCAGAGAGAGGAGAACUGGGGGAGGAGGAAGAGCAGCUAAGUCCAGAGGAAGUGAAGAAUCUGGAGACUGUUUUAGAGGAACUGCAGAGCUACAGCACAGCCACUAAGAGAGAGCGUGACACGUACACAGGACAGAGGGGAAGCCGUGGGGAGUAUUUUGAUUACCUGGACCGUAAUGGCCUCAUGAACAACGAUAUCAAGUCUAAAGCUAAAGGCAAUGACCUAGCCCUGUCCAAGAAGAAGCUAAAGUGGCAAAUCGAACAAGAGAAGAACAAAAUUCAGCCUUUACAAAGAGGAGGCAACUUCAUGGAUGACUUUACCAAUAACCUUGCUGACCCAGAAGAAGAAGAUGAGGAAGAUCAGGAGGACGAAGAACAGCUGAGCCCUGAAGAAGAGGAAACUCGGGCCAAAGCAGAGCAAGAGGAGGUACGCAGACAGGCAGCAGAAGCACUAAGAGCCAAGGUGGAGGAGGAAAAGCUUGCAGACAUUGCAUCUGACAUGCUCCUGAAAUACAUCGUGAAACAGGACAAGAAUAAGUACCAAGACAACAAUGGUGCAGAAGAUAAGCGCUCUGAUGAGGAGGACACUAGUGAUGACGAUGAUGACAUUGACCCACAGACCAUUGAUAAGCUGAUUGAGAUCUCAAGCAAGCUACAUCUUCCUGCUGAUGAUGUGGUGGACAUUAUUAACGAUGUGGAGAAAAAGAAGAAAAAAGAUGCUCCUGAAAAUCUCCCAUGGCAACGUCCUCUCAUGCCGCCUCCAGCCCCUGUUGCACCCUCUACUCUGUUACGUAAACCUCCUCCUCCCUCAAAGCCUCCACAACCGAACAAGAACCCAUUAAAAGCCUGGUUCAAAGACAGGGCCUCGGUCAAGCCCAGCAAGCAAGACAUUUGGACGAGACAGCAGUGGCCCUUUCGUACCUACCCUUCCUACAAGUUCUAUCAAAAACCCUACAGAGGGUAUUACCCCAUCUACAUCCCGCCUCAAAAACCAAAAUCCCGCUACUAUUCCAAGCCGUCUUUCUCCCUCAAUGAUGUCCUGGGAAACUCACUGGACUAUGACUUUGAUUACUCCCCCAGACGGAAGUCGCGUCCCUGGUCGCAGUCUCCCCAAAGAGCCCAACCAGCCUUCCAGCGGAACCUCUACUUCCCUCACCCUCGGACUUUCAAAGCCGUACCCAUUCCUAAACCCCGGUCACCUCCACGUCGUUGGCAGUCCUUUUAUUACCCAGCCCGAGCUCCUGUAGUCACCAGGGAAGAUGAUUACUACAGUCCUCUGAGGCAGCCGCCACAGGACAGCGAAGAGGAGCUACAGAACUUCAUCGAGAGGGUCUUCAUGAAACAUCCCCGGAUGUUUCAGUGAACAGACUGGGGGGUGGGGAAAGAGAGCGAUGAGGAGGCGGAGGGGAAAAAAGAAAGUGAAAGGAAACAACUUAAAGACUGUUCAUUGCCAACCUAUCAUGUUCUGGUUUCUUUUACUGAAAUCAAUUUCUUCACACUUUCUUAUUUGCUUCAGAUACAAAGUUUACCCCCAAGAAAGAACACAAAUAGGAUCUUCAUGUCCAUCUAACC